UAACAAUGUAGUUCCUCAAUCAAGUCCUAUUUCAAAUGGGAGAAAAUGGAAAAUUUGUUCAAGUCAUUUUUCACCGCUGCAUUUUCCAAAUUGGAAUUUGCAAUGGAGAACAACAAAACUAGUGGACUUCUGAAACACAGAAAGAAGCGCCCCAAGUCCAAUAGAAUGUUAGGAGAAGAAUACGAUAUAGAGGAAAAUAACGAUCUUUCAGACACCUGCGUUCUAUUAAAUCAAGGAGAAAAUUCCCUCAAGACUGAAGUAGUUGAACGUCGAGAAUCGCUAUGGGCAACUGCAAUACAAAUGUUCAUCCCGUUUCUCUUAGCGGGAUUUGGAAUGGUAGCUGCGAGUCUAUUACUCGACGAAGUUCAACACUGGCCAGUAUACCAAAAUGUAACCGAAGUUUUUAUAUUAGUACCUGCUCUCUUAGGACUGAAAGGAAAUUUAGAAAUGACCCUCGCCUCUAGGUUGUCAACUCACGCCAAUUUGGGUCAUCUAGAUAGCAGAAACCAAAAAAUCAAUUUGAUAACAGGAAACCUUGCCUUAAUAUUGUGCCAAGCGAUCGUAGUAGGAUUUUUAGCUUCAUUAGCAGCAGUUAUAUUUGGAUGGGUACCCACUGGGCAGAUAAAUGUAAAGCAUGCAUUGUUACUAUGUGCAAGCAGUAUAGUCACUGCCUUCGGGGCUAGUUUCAUCCUGGGUUUGAUAAUGGUGGGUGUUAUCAUAUUUUCUCGAUACAUCCACAUAAACCCUGAUAACGUAGCUACUCCCAUUGCGGCAAGUUUGGGAGAUCUCACAACUCUUGCAUGUUUAUCGUGGCUGUCAUCUAUUUUGUAUAAUACCAUGGAAAGCUAUCCUUACUUAACAUCAUGUUUAAUAGUUUUGGGGUUAUGUCUUGUCCCGGUUUGGGCAUGGAUAGCAAGUCGAAAUGAAUAUACUCAUAAAGUUCUUUUUAGUGGAUGGAGCCCUGUCAUAACUGCAAUGAUAAUUAGCAGUAUUGGAGGUCUGGUAUUGGACUUUACUGUGUCUCAGUUCAAGGGUGUAGCUGUGUUUCAGCUAGUAAUCAACGGAGUCGGAGGGAAUCUUGUGGCAGUGCAAGCGAGCCGUAUAUCAACUGAACUUCACAGUAUUGGUAAACCUGGUCAUUUACCGGAACAUAUGCAGGUUUGCAUAAGUCCCUGUUCUGCUUUUUGUGAUAAAAAAGAAACUAGUCAUGCUGGUACGGCCCAAAUGCUGAUGCUCAUGGUCAUUCCCGGACAUCUCAUUUUCUCAUACACCAUAAGCUAUCUGGAAGCUGGUCACACCUCUUUUACUUUCAUUUUUAUGAUUAUAUAUUUGACUGCUGCACUAUUGCAAGUGUUCUUGUUACUCUACAUUGCCCAAGUUAUGACUUUGAGCAUGUGGAAACAUGGAAUAGACCCUGAUAACUCAGCUAUUCCAUAUUUGACUGCCUUAGGGGACUUACUGGGAACUCUGCUUCUAGGGAUUGCUUUCCAGAUCCUUUUCGUUAUUGGAGACAGAGAUAGCGAUGUUGGUGAUUAACAUUCAUCGACAUCAAUACUUGGCCUUAUACUUUGCCAUAAUUGGGGGCCAUGAACUUAGAUUUAUUGUGAUCUUUGUAUUGUUGCGAAGUACAAAUAGAGGAGAGGAAAUUUUUUGAAAAUUAGGUGCUAUUGUAUAUACAUGUUUAAUAUCAAUACAGUUUUUAUAAAAUUCGUUGUUACUUUAUUAAAUAAAGUAUGUUUUUCUAUGAAUAUUGAAGAAGGUAUUAAUUAUUUUAUCUUAUUUUGUUGAGUAAGUAGAUAUUUUCAAAAACUUAGUCACCUAAUAAGAAAAUGAAAGUGAUUAGAAACUCCAAUAGCUUUAUGUCACCUCAACUUAUAAGCAGCUUCUUGGAGAAAUUAUUUUAACCCUAGGUUAACGUGCCAAGAGGUCAGGGUUCAAUCUCGGGCCAAGUCAUAUCCCAACAGUUUUUUCACUUUUCAAACUAUUUGAAAUUGAAUAAAAUGCCUUUUAUGGGAUACUUUUUGCUAUGGAAUUUCAAUGGUAUUACUCUGAUUGUAGAUAUCCACCACAAAUAAAUCUUAUUUCAAAA